GGGUGGGAUCUCUCAUCUUUGUAGAGGUGACGGGACAGCUCUUUUAGACCUGAAUACCUAGUUUCAUUUUGAAAUAUCCCACCUUAUCUCGCAUACCAAAUGACCCAUAGUAUUUUGAAGUCAACUCGUCUGCUUUAGGUGACGAAGAAAGCCAUUAUUAAGAUAUCUUACAAUUUCAAAGAUAUCUUAAGUAGAAGGCCAUCUAAUCACUUUCCAUUUGUCCCAAGAAAAAUAGGACCCAUAGUGCUGCUUUAAUGCUUUUGGUGGGUCAGCUACCCAUAUAAUUGAUGUGGGACUUGUCUCAUUCGUAUCAUCAUUUUUAUUUCUUACUUAUCACAACCCCAUCUAUCCACACGGUUUUUCUUCUUCUCAAAUUUCCACGAAUUAACUAAAUCCAUGACAUCAUCUUCUUCUUAUAAUUAUGCGAGUAAUUCAUUGUACGGAUCUGGAUGGAAGUAUGAUGUCUUUCUAAGUUUGAAAAGUGAAGAUACUUGGAGAACAUUUACAGGUCAUUUGUAUCAACAAUUGAAAAACAAGGGAACAUUAUUAACCUUUCAAGAUGAUAUGCCGCUAGAGGAUGGUGAUUCCAUCCCAGAAGAACUCUUGAAAACUAUCAAAGAGUCUCAAUUUAUCCUCGUCGUUUUCUCAAAGAGUUAUGCUACAUCAAGAUGGUGCUUGGAUGUACUAGAGAAGAUCAUGGAAUCCAAGGAUGAAUACGGACAAACUGUCAUACCGAUAUUCUAUGAUGUGGAUCCAUCAGAAAUUCGAAAGCAAAGGGAGAGCUUUGCUGAAGCAUUUGACAAAUACGAAUCAAAUUAUAAGGAUGAUGUUGAGGGAAUGCAGAAGGUGCAAAGAUGGAGGACUGCCCUAACUGAAGCAGCCAAUCUCAGAGGAUAUGAUAUCCGCCAAUGGACUCGAUCAAACUGUAUUCAGCAUAUUGUUGAUCAAAUUUCAUCCAAAUUAUGCAAGACUUAAAUUCCACCAUUUUUGGUAAGAAAUGUUAUGAAAAAACAUGAAAUUGGGGAAUAUUUGUAUUGUCGCAUGACGAAUAAAAGUGAUAGUUCUGUCCUUGUAUAUGUUUGAGCUUAUAAUCCAAGUCCAAUUGAAAAAGAAGGAUAAUUUA